AGAAAAAAUUCGCAGCGAAAAACAUGGAGUGUUGUGUUGCAGAAUGUUUCACACAAAAAUUACAAAAAUCUUAGAAUUUAAGUAUCUCAGAGAAAGUAUAAAAAUUGGCUAGAAUGCGUGAUGAAAAUGAGUGAAAAAAGUGCUAGUGCAGAAUAAAAUGAAAUCAAGAUUUAUCUAAAGUAAAUGUGUUUUCAUUAAUUUCGUUUCGUUUUGUGUUCUUUUUUUGAAUGAAUUUUAUUUAAGACGGAAAAGGAUGAGUGCAAAACGGCUCUACAUAAACGAUAUUAUAUUCUUCAAGUGCAAAAACAUUAAACCGAUUUCAUCUGCGAAUCGAGACAAUUAACAGAAACGGGUUCAUUGAUGAAACUAUAGUCUUCCAUCCACCUGAGUAUACUAACCAAAUAACCAAACGGUGGAUGGGGGUAUAAAUUCCGAUUUAAUUUGGAAAAUCAAUUUUAUUUGUGAAUAAACAAAGUACAGUGGUCCGAUGGACAAUAAUAAUUUUAAUAAAUAUUUUGUGAUUAAUACGAGCAAAAGUGACAAAAUCGAUUCAAAGAAAUAAUAUAUUUCUUUGUGAUUCCAUUUCAUUUCGAAAUUUUACGAAAGCAAUCAACGAGCAAAGUCUGACAUUAUAAAAAAAAGGAACAAACCAAGAAUCUCAUUAAAAAAUGGACGGCCUACGUGCGUUGGACCUACUGCAAUUGUUGCAAGAACGUUUUGUGAUAUUAACGGGUGGCCGUGAUCGACGCGGUGGUCCCAUACUAAGCUUUCCGUCAACACCACGCCGGGAGCGCAUUAAACCAGAGGAUAUAAGACGUUUGCUCACUUAUUUGUUUGGCAUUCCAAAUGAGCAAUCUCGGAAUCUUGGAUUUUCCAUAGUCAUUGACAUGCGAGGAAAUGGCAAUAAUAUGGGCAGUGUUAAGACAAUUCUGAAAAUACUCCAAGAACAUUUCUGUUCAAAUGUACACAAUGUGGCAAUAAUAAAACCGGAUAACUUUUGGAACAAACAGAGAGCAUCAAUUUCUAGUCACAAAUACAAAUUUGAGACCAGCACCAUAAGCACUGAAGGAUUAUCGAAAAUUGCCGAUACGUCUCAGUUAAGCUUCGAAUUCGAGGGAACGCUGAACUACGAUCACAGUCAAUGGAUCGACGUCCGAUUAGCGUUGGAAGAAUUUCUAUGGCAAGUGGGUGACAUGCUGGAUCGUAUCGAUGAUCUACAGGAGGAUUUAUCUCGCAGUGAUUUUGCUGAAGAUGUGAACGGGGCUAAGCAUGGAAUCGAUCAUCACAAUGACAUGAAAAAGAAAAUACUCAAAUUGCCCAUUGAAGAUAUUGAUGUGCAAGGUCAAAAGCUGUUGACAAAAUUGGGUGCCGAUUCGAAUCGAUCGGAAGAUCCUCAUUCAUCUCAAAUGAAUGCCAAUCGUCCAAUGCCCUCGAAUCCGGAUUUGGCAGCUAUGUUCAAUCAGGUGUUGCAACAAUUAGAUUCCGUGCACAAAGCUCAGCAGCAUUUAUUAACGGUCUGGCAACACAAGAAAACGAAACUGGAUCAAUGUUUUCAACUGCGACUAUUUGAGCAAGAUUGUGAGAAGAUGUUCGACUGGAUAUUGCAUAACCGAGAUGUAUUUCAAAUGAGCUAUGUCGAGAUUGGUCAUAAUUAUUCUCUAGCCAAAAGUCUUCAGGAAGAACACCAGAAAUUUGCCGUUGCAUCUAUGAAUGUCUGUGUUAACAUAAAUCGAAUACUUGCAGUUGCUGUACGGCUAAAGGAAGGUAACCAUUACGCAGCUCAGCAUAUUCGUACCGUAGCUAGUCGGCUCGAUCGAACGUGGAAGGAAUUCGCAGCUGGUCUGGACGAACGAACUGCUGUCUUAGGCUUAAGUGUUUUGUUCCAUCACAAAGCGGAACAAUACUGUGAUAGUGUAUCAUCAUGGGCAGCUGCUUGCGAGGCAACACAACCACUACCGGCUGAUAUUCAAAGCCUUGAAACGGCCAUCAGAACACAUCAAUCAUUGUAUGAAGCAAUGUGUCAAGCAUACACAGAGGUAUAUAAUGCUUAUCAAACUUUGCUGAAAGGGUUGGCUUCAAUGUUACAAGUUUUUCAUGGAAUACAAAAAUGUGAUGACAUCGUUGAUAGUAAAAGUACCGGUGAAAAGUCAACAAAUACCGACGAACAAUUGGAUGAUCCUGCAGCAAAUGUACAUUCUACGAGCAAAAAACUUCUGUAUCAACUCGAUCAUUUGGUACAAGUUUGCAAUCAGCCACCUCCGCCAGGAGUGCCAGAUCAUCGAAAACACGAAAAUGGUGCGAAUCGUUUCGAACGGGCUAAUCCAGCAGCAGAUUACAGUGAAGGAGCAUCACAUGUGCUAGCUGUCAUCCAUCAGAUUCUCGGUCAUCAUCGUUCGCUCGAGAAUCGUUGGCAUGCUGAAAAAGUUCGACUUCAUCAAACACUGGCACUUCGCCUGUUCCAGGAAGACGUCAAACAAGUGUUGGACUGGCUGGAAAAUCACGGUGAAGUGUUCUUACGCAAAAAUACUGGCAUCGGACGCAAUUUGCAGAAGGCACGGGUCUAUCAGAAAAGUCAUGAACAUUUUGAGAAUGUCGCUCAGAACACCUACAGUAAUGCGGAGAAAUUGUUGUCUGCAGCUGAAGAUUUGGCUAGAACCGGUGAAGUUGAUGCAAACGAAAUCUAUUCCGUGGCUAGAGAAUUGGAAAUGCAUGUAGCAUCAUUUGCAGCACGUGUUGAGCAACGAAAAAGACGAUUAGACAUGGCAGUACUGUUCUACACUCACGAGAAAGAAGUGUCGACUUGGGUAGAUCAAUUGAGACAGGAAAUUGAAUCAGAUGACAAUUUACUGGCUCAAGAAAAUGUCGAAGGAACUGAACGGCUACUGCAACAGUGCCAGGAUCAACAGGACAGUACUUUAAACGGUUGCCUCCAAACCAUUCAACAGGGGGAAGUUUUGCUCCAAGAAAUCCGAUCAUUGGAGGAUAUCGAUUCAACUGGUUCUAUAGCAGCGUUGGAAAGUUCACUUGAAAAUUUAUCGAAGCAGAAAUUAGAGUUAGAUGAAUUGUGGGUGGCUCGAAAGUUUCGACUGGAUUUGUAUUUGCGUUUAAGAUAUUUCGAACGUGACGCACUGGAAGUCUCAUCACAACUGGAAAUGUGGGCCGAAGAGUUACAACAUACUGAAAAGUCAAGAGAUUACCAGAAAGCCGAACAAUUUUUGCGAUUGCAUAAUGAAUCGGUAACACAGAUGCAAAAUACUACUUUCGAAAUGCUUCAACAAGGCCAAGAAUUGGUUCGACUGUUUGAAACAGCUGGCUUUGUAGCUAUGGCAGACAAUACACAUACGGUACAGACAAGAAUUCAAUAUCUCUUGGAGUUCUUGCAUGAACGCGAAUUGGAAUUAGAAGUUUCGGCCGAAGUAAAGAGGGCUGUUCUGGAACAGGCAGUCCAAUUGUGUCAAUUUCAGAACGAUGCACAUCAAGUGAUCUCAUGGAUAAGGAACGGAGAGGCAAUGUUAAUAGCUAGUUUUGCUACACCAAAUUCAUUUCAUGAAGCAGAACAGCUACGUAAGGAGCACGAACAAUUUCAAGUGGCUGUCGAGAAGACUCACACUUCAGCUGUUCAGGUCAAGUACCGUGCUGAUGCUUUAAUCAACGCCAACCAUUACGAUCCGCAAAGCAUUCGAGAAAUAUCCGACGAAGUGACGAAAAAGUGGCAAUUGCUUGUGACAUGUGCCGAAGAGCGACACAGAUUGGUCACGGCUUCAAUGAACUUCUACAAAACAGCUGAACAAGUUUGCAGCGUUUUAGACAGUCUGGAUAGGGAGUAUCGGCGGGAUGAAGAUUGGUGCAGUGGAAGUAACAGUCCAGAUAAACCGAAGACCAUGGAUCAAUUGAUUGCAAAACAUCAAGAACAGAAAGAAGCUUUUUUGAAAGCAUGCACCUUGGCUCGUCGUACAGCAGAAACAUUCUUAAAAUACACAGCAAGGUCACUGCAGUAUUACGAUUUCCAAUUACACGGCAGCUGUGAGUCACGAGUUAAAUCAAUAUUGGACAGAUUAUUGUCACAGGAAAACCAAGCUCUCGAAUAUUGGACGCAAAGGAAGAAACGAUUGGACCAAUGCCAGCAGUUUGUGUUAUUCGAAAAGUCGGCCAAGCAGACGAUAGAAUGGAUUCACAACACCGGUGAGGCGUAUUUAAACUCAAAAACUAAUUCUUUUGGAAAAAGUCGUGAGGAGACCGAAGCUCUGCUGCGAGAACAUAAUGAAUUUAAGAAAACAGCCAAAGAGAUUCGGGAACGUGUUAAAUUGUUGAUACAAUUAGCUGAUAGUUUGGUACAGAAAGGCCACGCACACACCACAGCCAUAAAGCAGUGGGAGGCAACGGUGGAUAAUCGUUAUAAGGAAUUCAGCAAUCGAAUGGAUGCAUAUCGUGAACAGCUUGAAAAAUCGUUGGGAUUACCAAUGGUUAACGAAGAAUCGAGCAGUACAACUUCAUCGUUGAAUUCUAGUGGUACGGCUGGUGAUCGUCAUUCGGAUCCUUCAUUGGAGGCUAAACUAAUUUGCUCAACCGCAUCCAAAGAAUUGAACGAAGAGAAACGGAAAUCUGCUCGUCGUAAGGAAUUCAUAAUGGCUGAGCUGCUGCAGACCGAACGAACAUACGUUAAAGAUCUGGAGCUUUGUAUCAAAUGCUUUUUACAUGAAAUGCGCACAGGAGACGUUCCGAAUGGCUUAGUUGGCAAAGAAGAUGUUGUUUUCGCUAAUAUCGAGGCAAUCUACAAUUUCCAUGAGAAGAUUUUCCUUCGGGAAUUGGAGAAAUAUGAAACAAUGCCUGAAGAUGUCGGACAUUGUUUUGUAACAUGGGCAGUCAAAUUCGACAUGUACAUACAUUAUUGCAACAAUAAGAAAGCAUCAAAUGACCUUGUUGUUGAAGAGAAAAAAUAUUUUGAAGAUUUGCAACGGAAACACAAAGUUGAGCAUACUCUGGCAGCUUUUCUGAUUAAACCCGUUCAACGAAUUACGAAAUAUCAAUUGUUGCUGAAGGAUUUACAAUCCUGUUGUGAUGAAGGACAAGGGGAAAUCAGGGAUGGCUUGGAAGUGAUGCUUAACGUUCCGAAGAAAGCCAACGACGCUAUACAUCUAUCAUACCUGGAACAGUGUGACGUAUCGUUAGACAGUUUGGGCGAAGUAGUUCUACAGGACACAUUCUCAGCAUGGGACACCAAGCAAAUAAUAAGAAAAGGACGUGACCGACGUGUGUUCCUUUUCGAAUUGUAUCUUCUUUUCGCCAAAGAAAUCGGCACCAACCGAUACCAAUUCAAACAGAAACUUAUGACAUCGGAACUUGGCGUAACCGAGCACAUUGAAGGCGAUGAGUGUAAAUUCGCUGUCUGGACGGGACGAGCACCAAUGUUAUCUGAUUCCCGUAUCAUUUUGAAAGCCAAUACUUUGGAGGCGAAACAAGUGUGGGUGAAAAAGCUACGAGAAGUUAUACAAGAGACCUACUUUUCGGGAGCAUCGUUAACACUACCGAAAUCUCCAGCCAAGUCAGCAAAGGCAUCGUCGCAGAGAUCAUCAAAGGACUUGGAUGAGACUGUAGCAGAAAACGAUCAUGAUGGCAGUUCGUUGGCUAGUUUUGGAUCCGGAAACACCACUGACAGCGACAAGGCUGCUGUUCUUGAAAUGACAUGGGUCAUUUCCGACUACACGGCAACACCUGGAACAAAUGAAGUGUCUGUCACAAAAGGUCAACAGGUAGAAAUAAUAGACACACCAAAUACAGAACCAUCCGAAUAUUGUUUAGUUCGGUUGGGUCCGAUGGGAAGUGGUGAUGGUGGAACGCAUGAAGGAUUGGUACCGAUUUCCAUAUUAAAACCACCUCCUAGUUCAAAAGGAGUGGCUAGACGAGGAUUGGAAGUUGAAAAAGAACAACCGGAAAGCAAUGAUUUGACAAUAUCAGGAGAAAAUUCGGCCGCAAAUACUGCAUCCCCGAUCAACAAACGACGAGGAUUUAGUGGACGUAAAUGGUUGCCGCCACCUUUGCGUAAACUAUCACAAGGAAAAGUUGACAAAAACGCGUCGUCCGAACGUCCGCUCGUCAAAAAGGGAUCAGACAAAACGUUUAAAUUACCGACAGAAAAGCAAACCGAAGAAGAAUACAACAACAGCAAUCCAUCAAAAUCAUUGAUCAAUUCACAGUCGGCCCAUCAAGAUGUAGAGGCCGAUGAAGAAGGUACAUGUGAUUUGCCUCCACCAAUGAAACCGAUACAAGAUUCACAGACAAUGGUAGCAAAUGGACCUACAACCUUAACGGUUGUGGAACAGAGUCCCUGCAAGCGGACAUCAUCAUUAUCACUGAAAACAUUGGAAGGAAAUGCCCCAACUGACUUAGAGGAAAUCGAACAAAUUGUGAAGGAGAAAAUGGAGCAGCAUGAAAGUUCUAAAUCAAAAUUUCUAAAACCUCACGACCCAGAAAGUGAAAAUGGUGAAAAUGACGAAAAUCUCCUAGAGAACGAUGUGGAAAUGUCGUUAAAGAAGCGAAUGUAUGCUCUGCGUGAACUGGUUACAACAGAAGAAUCAUACGUUCAAGAUUUAUCCCUAAUUGUCGACGGAUAUAUACGUGAAAUAAAGGAUCCAGAAAGUGAUAUUCCCUUGCCGGACGAUUUAAAAGGAGGCAAAGAACGAAUGAUAUUUGGAAACAUUGAAGCAAUUUAUGAAUGGCAUAGAGACACUUUCUUAAAGUUACUGCAACGAUGUAUACAGUGUCCCACUGAUUUGGGACCAUUUAUACAGAAAUGCAAACCCAAAUUGCGUAUGUAUGUGAUUUACUGUCAAAAUAAACCAGUCUCCGAACAUAUUGUGGCCGAACAUUUGGGAUAUUUUGAAGAAGUUAGAAAUAAGUUGAAGCAUAAGUUAGUUUUAUGUGAUCUACUCAUCAAACCUGUACAGAGAAUUAUGAAAUAUGAGCUACUGUUACGAGAUUAUCUCAAGCAUACAGAAAGAGCUGGACUGGUCAAUGAAAUUCCUAAUAUACAAGAAGCCAUAAAUGUUAUGAAAGAAGUUCCUAAGGAAGCCAAUGACAUGAUGGAUGUUGGGCGUUUACAGAAAUUCGAAGGUAAAAUAACCGCACAGGGAAAAUUACUUCUACAUGGGCCGUUACUGUGCACAGAAGUUGAUUCAAAUAAUGGCAAUCCCAGCAUCGUAUGCAAACCUAAAGAGCUUCAAGUAUUUCUCUUCGAACAAAAUAUAAUUUUGUCCGAAAUUGUUGGCAAGAAAACGCAAUUCACCAAUCCCGCAUACAUCUACAAGACACAUAUUCAGAUAAAUAAAAUGAAAAUUGAAAAAUUGAGUGACAACCGAUUCUUAUUGCGUUCAACGGAUCCGCAACGACAAGAGCUUAGUUUUGUGCUGACAACACAAACACAGGAACAGUACCGCGAAUGGGUGGAUAAAAUAACAAACAUUCUUCAAACACAGCAUGAUUUUCUGAAAGCAAUUCAAAGUCCCAUAGCUUACCAAAAGGAACUUACCAAAGAAUCUAGUUCACAAUUUGGCCCUCCAAAUCUACGAAAACAAAUGUCUGACACCGGCAGAAUGACAUCCACCAAUGACAAUCAACCGUUUGUGCACAAGCCGUCCAAACAGAAAGAAAAAGAUCGUCUAAUCACCAAUGACACAUCACCGUCACCUCAAUCCGAAAAGAAAUCUUUGUGGAAUUUCAGCAUAGCAAAGCUGUCGCCCCGACGAUCAGUUGACUGUUCCAAUUUCGAUAAAUUCAAUUCGAAAAAUCAAACAGCUUUCGACUAUAUAAAUCUACCAAAUCAACUGCAAAAUACUCAGCUCAACGCCGACAAUAAAUCAAUGAAUUCAUCGUUUCACCAACCACAUUCACAAUCACCAGAAAUUGUAUCACGAUCACAAGAUUGUUUAGUUGAGACUGGCGCUACAGCGAUGCUAAGCUGCCACAUUCGCAAUCAUGAAAAUUCUAAAAUAACGUGGAGAAAAACCGAACCGAACCCAUGUCAAAUAAGUCAAUCGAAUAAAUUUAAUUUCAACUUAGCUAACAAUGGCGAAGCUAAGCUGAUCAUCACGGAUUUAACAGCUGGCGAUAGUGGAUUGUAUGUGUGUGCAGUAUCGAAUCGCUUUGGAACCACGCAGUGCACUAUAGGAUUGACGGUUUUAUCUCAAAUCGAAUGUUUGAGCGAGUCAAAUAUUGAAAUUUUAAGUCCAUCUUCGGUCAGACUAAAUUGGGAAAGUUCGACGAGUUAUUUUGUUGAAUACUGUCGAUUGGGAAGUAUGGUCUGGAUGAAAGCAGAUGAAAAUCCAGUAAAAUCAAUGGUAGUUGUUCAUGCACUAUCACCUGGUGAAACAUAUACAUUUCGAUUAACCUGCGUGAACAGCAACGCUGUGAGUUUACCGAGCCCGUCAGUUGUAAUGCCGGCAAAUGAGACUAACUUAUGGCAACAACAGCAAUUCUCUAGCCGAUAUUUUAGCGUGUCCGAAUUGGGUAGAGGUCGGUUUUCGGUGGUACGGCUAGCAAAAGAUAGUGUCACCGGCCAUUUCGUUGCUAUGAAGCAAAUACCUCGUCGAAAACAAGGUUUUGCUAUUACGAAAGAAGAAUAUAGACUGAUGGCUUCGACACAACACAUAAAUACGGUGCGCGGUCUUGCACUAUUUGAAAAUGCACCUCGUAUAGGAAUUGAUACGGUCAUCAUGGAAUACAUUCAAGGUCCAACGCUUUUCGCUUACAUUUGCCAAAGUGACAGCUAUUCCGAGUGGACCGUCCUAACGUAUAUGAUGCAAUUAGCAUCAGCUUUAAGCUGUCUACACAGCAACAAAGUCGCUCAUCUCGACAUCAAACCGGAAAAUGUUUUAAUCAGUUUAACAGCAACAUCAACACCAACACUCAAAUUAAUCGAUUUCGGCGAUGCCGUACGCAAAAAUCAAUCAAUCGUGCUGCCACCAUCGAAUCUAGAAUUUGCUGCACCAGAAAUGGUGCUAGGACAACCGCUAAGCGAAUAUACGGACAGUUGGAGCUUCGGUGUACUUCUGUAUGUGUUCCUGAGCGGUGUGUCGCCGUUUUUAGACGAUUCCAUCGAAGAAACUACCUCCAAUAUUUUAAAGUGUGACUUUUCAUUUCCCGGAGAAUACUUCAGUGAUAUAUCGAACGAUGCAAAGAAUCUAUUGACCAGAUUGCUUGUUUUAGAAUCAAGUAGCAGAGCUACAAUGACAGAGUGCCAACAAUCGUCGUGGUUUGUACAGGAACCGCAACGAAAAUCGAUACCAAAAACCAAAUUGGAAUACUUUAAUGAACGGCGAAUGAGGAAUUCAGUCACAAUAUUGCAUAAGUAAGUUGCAUUAAGUUACCUUUUCCGAGAUUACGAAAUUUAUUUUUCUUGUCCUAAAAAUUUUAUAUUCCAACUUGUACAUAUUUUUGACUGUUGUUUUAAAAUGUUGUCUUAUGCGAUGGAAAAUUUAAGAGAAAUUUCAGUUUAAAAUAUCAUUUAUCAAAUUAAUUAAUAUUCGACUAUUUUUAGUUAUUUAAUUGAAUUUCAUUUAAUUAUUUAUUUUACAUUGUAAUUAGAUUUUCGGAUAAAAA